AUGCUGGGCAGACUUGCCAAUCCCGAUGCGCAGUUCGAUCCAUUCCACGAUGAAUCGCAAGUCACCGCCGCCGAGCCCAACUCCGAGCCCGACUCUCCCUUGGGCACUCCCUCUGCUGAGCUUGAGUCCCCCUUCAGUACCCCCCCUCCCGAAGAGAUCCGUCCUUGGACGGAAAAUGAGACUGGAAGACUUGUCGCCUUCCUCAGGACGGCUCGCGAGCCUCUCAGCGUUGGCGAGACUGCCGAGCACAUGAGCCGCAGCCUCAUAGAUACCGCUGCAAUGGUCGUUUGUCUCUGGCUUUCUGCAAUCCGUACGUCCGAGGCCCGUGGCUCCCGCAUCGCCUGGUGGGUCGGCAGACCAAUCUUCAACUCCACCGGCCUCGGCCGUGUCACUGUCUUCUGCCGCGACGGCAGUCGAGUAAUGAUGCGCCUGUAUGACGCAAAUGGACGCUUGGACGCUGAGGGCUCUAUCGAAAGCCCUAGCCAGAUGUACGAUGAAGGGACAUUUUGA